AUGUGUCUAUCACCUACAUUGAGUGUGCAAUACUGGAAGAUUUGGGAUAAACAGUGUUGUGCUACUGAUGAUAAUGUCAUUAAGAAGACUGGUAGGUUUGCAAAGAGAAUUUGGGCUUGGGCUGCGCACAUUUUUAAUCUGCGGCCUAAUGAAGACUUGGUGGCUUCAUAUAAGGAUGCCAAAGGUCGAAGUAGUAUGAUUAAAGACCUGUGGAUGGUUGCUAACUUGGAAAUAGUCACAGAACUAUGGAAGCUGAGAAAUAAGGUUUAUUUUGAAGAUGUUGCAGUUCAGUGGAUUGGAUUUAAAGGCCGAGUAUAUCAAGUAAUUCGUGACAAUUCAAUUAGGAUGAAGGGCCAUAUGUAUAACACUUUGGACGGUUUGCGCAUCUUGAACUAUUUCAGGGUGCACCAUCGAUCGUGUAAAAUUUCUUUUCCUAAAGAAGUUACUUGGAAUCCUCCUAAUCAAGAUGAAAUAAUGCUCUGUUGUGAUGGCGCCUCUUUUGGAAAUCCGGAUCAGGCUGGUGCGGGUGUUGUUUUUCGAGAUGCCAAUGCAGCGGUGCUUGGUGCUCGUUUUGUUGGCCUUGGCUGGCAGACUAAUUUUUAUGUAGAAGUUUGUGCUAUUAUAUAUGGUGUGAUGUUGGCCAAGAGGUGGAAUGUUAUAAAUAUAUGUGUUAAAUCGGAUUUGAUGAAUUUCAUUCAAGCUUUUCAGAACGGUGAAUUACCUUGGCAGCUAAGGCAGAAAUGGAGAAUGGCGAAGGAGUUCUACAAUAAUAUUCGUUACAUUCAGAAAUAUAGGGAAGUUAAUUUUUCAGAUGAUGCUUUGGACAAGCGAGCUUGUUUACUGGCUGAAGAUACUUUUGAGUUUUAUGAGGGGAGGCCAGUUUUUCUACUUUCUGUAGAAUGGCCGGGUGAGGUUUAUUUCCGUUUUAAAUAG